AUAAGUCAACAUGGGAGCCUACAGGUARAUGCAGGAGCUGUGGCGUAAGAAGCAGUCCGAUGUGAUGCGCUUCCUGCUCCGCGUCCGCUGCUGGCAGUACCGGCAGCUGUCGAGCCUCCACCGCGCUCCAAGACCCACCAGGCCCGACAAGGCCCGCAGACUGGGCUACAAGGCCAAGCAGGGCUACGUAAUCUACCGAAUCCGUGUGCGCAGAGGAGGCCGCAAACGCCCCGUGCCCAAGGGUGCCACCUACGGCAAGCCRGUGCACCACGGCGUGAACCAGCUCAAGUUCGCCCGCAGCUUGCAGUCCACUGCUGAGGAGCGUGCUGGCCGUCACUGUGGAGCCCUGCGAGUUCUCAACUCCUACUGGGUGGGGGAGGACUCCACCUACAAGUAUUUCGAGGUGAUUCUGGUGGAUACUUUCCACAAGGCCAUCAGACGCAACCCAGACACCCAGUGGAUCACAAGAGCUGUGCACAAGCACAGAGAGAUGCGCGGCCUGACGUCUGCAGGCAAGAAGAGCCGCGGCCUGGGCAAGGGCCACAAGUUCCACAUGACCAUCGGAGGCUCCCGCCGCGCCGCCUGGAAGAGGCGCAACACCCUGCAGCUGCACCGCUACCGUUAGGCCGCCUCUGUACAUUAUUACUAAUAAAAAGGCCCAUUUUAUGGUCGUCA